UAUCAAAGCAGUAAAAAUGGCAACAAUAAUCAACAUUGAAAAAUCAACAUAAUAUUUAUAUAAACACAAGCAAUUAAAGUGAAAUUUAACAUAAAUGAUGAUAAAAAAGCAAAGGGAGAAAGCAGACGGAUGAACAUAUGGAUGUGAAUUGAGAAAAUCACUUGAUUGGCUAAAAUAUGGAUUCUAUUAAUCAUCAAAUACAGAGGAGACAUUUAUUUCAGAUACUAUGUAUAAGUACAUUUGUGAUAAUAAUAUAUAUUAACAUUUAUCCUUUAAGAAUCCAAGAAGAAUUAAGACAAUUAAAUGAAAAUGGAAAAACAGGCUCAAUUAAGGACAUUACAAAGAAUGAUAAUUAUGAAACACCGAAAAUAUGGAGAAACUAUUGUAAAUCUUCAUCUCAAAAUAGCUACAUAUACAAAUCUGGAGUGCUUAAAAUUCAAUCAAAACCCAAAACUAAUCAUAAACCAAUCUUAAAAUUCAACAAAAAUUCACUUUUUAAUCAAAAUUUAAAAUUUGCCUACAAGUCAUUUUCACGGACAUCAGUUGAGAUUUCGAAAUCAUGCUUCUUUGCAGACUUGGCAGAGGCACUUAGUAAUGUUCAUGGAAAUAUAGUCCAUAUGGUUUCUUUCGAUAACAACUAUAUCCCUGAUUUCCUUAAUUGGUUGAUAAUCGCACGUUUUUUCGCAGUGCCACCUAUUGAUAAUAUCCUAAUCAUCACAACCGAACUAGGCGUUUUUCAAUUCAUAGCUAAGCAGGAUAUACCGAUUGUGUUCUUAAAUCCUGAAGAUGUAAUAAAAGAUUUCAAUGUGCAUAAGUUAAGUUCAAUUCAACGACAACGUCACUGGGUACUCAGACUAAUCACCUGGCGAAUAAUAAACUUUCUCGGCUAUGAUGUUUUUUCAUAUGAUCUGGAUGCUCUACCAAUGAAAAACUUGGAGAAAUUAUUAAGGCGGUAUCCCGGGACUGAUUUGAUGGCAGGGGCAGUCGGUUGUGUUCCUCAUGCCUUGAUACAAAGAUGGCAUUUCUUUACAUUGAAUAUGGGCGCCCUCUACCUUCGAGCAAAUACUAAAAUAGAUGUAUUAUGGGAUAUGGUUGCAGAGUUGACAGAAACGAAGACGGGACGUGGAACUGAUCAAAUGUAUAUAAAUGCUGCCUUAUAUCAUCUUAACAUAACUUGGAAACAAUCUUUAAGGUUAUCCUGUGAAUCAAGUUCUAUUAGAAUUCAGAAUGAACUGACGAAACUUGACAGUCCUGUUGAAUCGGUGACACCUGGUGGACUAAAAGUGGUAGCAAUCCCCGCCAAAAUGUUUUGUAGAUUUUCAUGUAAUAUAAGAAAUAUCUCACAAUACUACAUUUGGCACAAUCCAAGAAAACAUCAAGAAAGAGACUCGACUUGGUUGGUGAACUCUGAUUGGUUGAAUAUUACAAGACAGACUCCAAAGAGAGGCUUAGAGUGGGUGCGUGCAAUUACAAGAAGUUCAAAACUGACAUACCUGGCAAAAUUAUACAAUAAUGAGGAUAAAUAAAAAAUAAAUAGUUAAGAAAUUGUCAUUUUUAUUUCAUUAUUUCAUACAUGAGCGAUCCUUUAAAAAAUUACACUUGACAAAAUUCUAGCUACAACCAACUUGUUAAGUUAAGUAGUUAAGUAUUCCAAUUGUCUAUUUCAAGAGAUUACACUACCAGCCGGCGAAUUUGUUUUUUAUA